AUGGCUAAGAAUAAAGCCAAUUACGAGAUCACCAAGUCUCGCAUCAUCAAGUUCAUCGUCGGCCGGGACAAGGUCGAACACAGUGUUCAUGAGGCAGUCAUCAGUCCCCUCUCCAAGCCACUCCGAGCCCUCGUUACCAAUGGUAUGAGGGAGUCUGUGGAGGGCGUCGUUGUCUGGGCCGACGCCGACUCCGACACUUUCGCUCUAUUGAUGGAGUUCGCCUACACCAAGGAUUUCACCAUCAUCGAUGAGAAGAAGAAGACAGUGCGCAGUAUCGAAACGGCUCAGUCGCUCCAACUUCGCGUAAUCUACUACGCAUGGCACUCAGAGAGCGGAGGGAGCAUACCAGGGGACCUUGAUCCAGCUUGGCAUCGCCUCAUUCACACCUGGUACUCCGAAGAAUUGGCUAUCAAUCAUAUUCACUCGAGAGAGUACUUCAUGUCGCAUGCACGAGUCUAUAUCUUGAGCGAUCGGUACAUCAUUCACGGUUUGAUGGAUGCCUGCAUCGAGAAGUUGCGUCGUAUUCUUCUUCGCCAUCCAUUUACCCACGAAUUCGCGCAGAUCAUCUGCGACCUCGUCGUCUUCAUCUGGCCAAGAACAUUGCCAAAUGACCAAUUUCGAGACGUACUCAUUGACUACCUGCGCAUUGAGUUCGACAGAGCCUUCAAAGUUCCCUGCAUCGUCAAAGUCUCGGAACAAAUUCCUGAGAUCUACACUGAGGUUCUCAAUCGCUCACCCAAAGUUCAAGAGGACCUGGCUGAGUGUGAUCGUUUCGUGGCCAUGAAUCUAGAACCUAGAAACCGCAAGCCGCUGUAUCACAAACCCAGUUCAUCACUCAGAGAUUCCGCAUCUGCUCAGCCAGAGAGAGGAAAGAGAAAACGCUUGCUGCGAUUCUAG